AUGGAAACCAUCGAGCCAAUGCCCUAUGACUUUGCCGGCCAUGGAAUCAGCCCCUAUUCGCAUCGUCGGGCCGUGGAUACGUCUCUCUACUCCUACUACACUCAUCCCACCCCGGCAUCAUACACAGUACCUUAUCAUCAACCAUCCACGUCGGCCGGUUAUAGCUACGGGGCUGCGGCGUUGAGUUCGGCAUCUCAUCCCUACCAGUACUUGAUGACCAGUCAGCCACCCCUGACGGCACCCAGUCGAGUCUCGACAGAGACGCAGUCCACCCAUGGAGCUCAGGUGCCACACUAUUCAGGACAUGCGCAGCCGUCGCUGAAGCAUCAUGCGGAGCCCCAAUCACAACCACAUCGAAAAGCGCAAGACCUCCUACACCUCCAUCAGCAUCAGCAUCAGCCUCAACAUCAAUCUCAACCUCCAAAUCAUCGCCUCGAGCCAACUCAGCCCCAUCGACCAUCAACCACCCUCCAGAUUCUCCCAGAGAUUCGACCCGCGAAGAACGCCAUCAAUCCCAUUCCCACCGCUCGUGCUGCAAACUAUGCGUCCUCAUCAUCCACACUUGCAACACCACCUGCAUCAUCUUCAUCGUCAAUCACACAGCCUUCUUCCCACUCAGCCCCCAGGUCCAGUCACUCUUCUUCCACAACCUCUAGCUCCACCUCCAGCUCCAGCACAGCGCCCAGCACAGACACCGAAUUCUCCACCGAAGUCGAUGUUCUCAUGAAAGCCAUCCAAUCCAAGCCCACCGAGGCACUUACUUCCAUUCCUCUCCCCACGCCGCUUCAACAGGCGUCGGUCCUGCCUCCUCUGCAGCAACUUCACCCCCACGGGCUGGGGUAUCCCACCUCAUCGGGGACUUAUCCCAUGCCCGUCUCCUCAUCUCACAGUCUCAGUCGCCCAGAACAAGGACAGCUGUCCAGGUCGGGCAAGAAGAGAAAGUAUACUUGCACACUACCGAAUUGCGGCAAGAGUUUUGCCCAAAAGACACAUUUGGAUAUUCAUCACCGGGCGCAUUCGGGGGAGAAGCCUUUUAUCUGCAAGGAGCCCUCAUGUGGACAGCGAUUCUCCCAACUCGGCAAUCUCAAGUCCCAUCAAAACAAAUUCCACGCCUCCACCCUCCGCAAUCUCACCCUGAGAUUCGCCUCCAUGGGUGACGCCGGCCCUACCAACCCAGCUGACCGUGAACUGUGGGAGUAUUUCGCAGAACUCUACAAGAACAGCAACAAGGGAAUCAAAGGCCGAGGCAAAGAUCGACGGAUUUCAACGCCCAUCACUUCUUCCGGCGCCACCUCCACUACUUCCCCAUCUUCAUUAUCUUCUUCUUCCUCUUCCUCUGCGUCUUUCUCUCCCGACAACACCCUGUCUCGAUCAAACUAUGACCGUGGCCAUUCUCGGAUCUUGACGGGGAGAAUGUCCUCAAUGGAGUCAGAUGAAGAUGGAAGACUCAUGUACCCGGGCUACGAGAGCCGAGGGACUUCCAUGUCAUGCAGCAGUGAGGGCGACGCAAUGGAAUGUGAAGAGAGAGAUGUUGGAAGUGGAGUGGAUGGAUCGGGCGCAUAUUAUCUGGAGAGGAGGUUCGUCUGA